GCAAUUCAAAAAAAUCAGAAACUACGCAGAGGAAUGCCUACAGUCUAUUCCUGACAGUACAAUGGUCAUUCAUACUACAAGAGUAGUUCCUGAUUCUCCCUCUAUAUUUCAACGCAUAUAUGUGUGCUUCGGACCGGUUAAAAAAGGGUUUCUUGAAGGUUGUAGGAAGGUUGUUGGACUAGAUGGGUGCUUUCUUAAAGGUCAACUGAAAGGGGAGAUACUAUCAGCAGUAGGUAGAGAUGCCAAUAACCAAAUGUACCCCAUUGCAUGGGCGGUAGUUGAGAUUGAAAACAACUCGUCAUGGGCCUGGUUUCUAGAGCUUCUGAAAACUGAUCUGCAAAUCACUAGGUCAGAUUUGUGGACUAUCAUAAGUGACCAACAAAAGGGUCUUUGUAAUGUGAUUGCAAGGGUUUUCCCAGAGGCUGAGCACCGAAAUUGUGCUAGACACAUUCAUGCGAAUUGGAGCAAAACCCACAGAGGUUUGCUUCUAAAGAACCUGUUCUGGAUGUGUGCAAAGUCCACUUGCGAGGAACAAUUGCAGGCUGCAUUAGCGGAGUUGGAUAAGGCAGAUAGUGAUGCUGGUAAAGACUUGCGCAAAAUUGAUUUCAAAUUAUGGUGCAAGGCAUAUUUUAGAACGGAUGUGAAAUGUGAUACUGUUGAGAACAACUUAUCAGAGGCCUUCAACAGCACCCUUCUCAAAUGCAGAGGAAAACCUAUUAUUCCAAUGCUAGAGGACAUUAGAGUUGCAAUGAUGAAAAGGAUUGCCAAAAAAGGAAAUAUGUCAAAAAGUGGUCAGGUAUAAUAUUUACUUCAAUUGGUAAUGGAUAAUUAAUUCCCUUUAUAUUCUGGUUGGCAUAAUUUCAGUCCAAUAAUUAACAUUGGCAGGACAAUUUGGACCUGUGAUUAUGAAUAAAUUGAACAAAAACAUUUUAGCUAGCCAAGGAUGGAAUGUGGAUUUCAACGGGGACGAUGGCUAUGAAAUUAAAAAGGGAAAACAACAAUUCAAGGUCAGUCUGAAUGGUAAAACAUGUUCCUGUAGGAGGUGGAAUUUGUCUGGAAUACCUUGUGUGCAUGCCAUAUGUGCCAUUUUUGAUAAUGGCCAAAAUCCGGAACAAUAUGUGGACAACUGCUACUCUAAGGAAUUCUACCAGAGA